AUGGCGGAGGUGCAGCAGCUCUGGGUGCAGGAGGCAGUGGACUCCAUGGUGAAGAGUGUGGAGAGGGAGAACAAGAAAAUGCAGGGCCUCAAGUUCCGGUACGCCAGCUGCUGUGAGGACAGCCAGGCUUCCAUGCAGCAAGUACACCAGUGCAUUGAGCACUGCCAUGCACUUCUGGCUCAAGCCCAGGCUUUGGUAACCAGUGAAUUGGAGAAGUUCCAGGAGCACCUGGCCCGGUGUACCAUGCAUUGCAAUGACAAAGCCAAAGAUUCAAUAGAUGCUGGGAAUAAAGAGCUCCAGGUGAAGCUGCAACUGAACAAUUGUGUGACCAAGUGUGUGGAUGACCACAGGCAACUCAUCCCAACUAUGACCAAGAAGAUGAAAGAGUCUCUCAUCCACUGGGAAAUAAAAGUUCUUGCCAGUGGCCAUUGGGGCUGA